CAAGCAACAGAAUAUGUGCCAUACAGGAGCAUACAUCUGGGUGGCUUUGCUCCUCACAGCCUCCCCUGGAUAGAUGGAGCAGUUUGUGGCAGAGACCGUGGCGCGCAGCAGCGGGCAGCAGCUGAGCGGGGAGACAGGAGCGCGCACGAAAACGGUCUUGGAGAGACCAGGGUCAUUCCCAUCACUCUCCGCCGGCCAGUCAGACCGCAGACACAUGGAGGGGUAACCGAGUUGCUGCACGGAAAAGGAUGACCCCAAAAGGAAAAGCAAAGGCGCCGAUCGAAAACACCUGAGGACAACAGGGAAACAUGAUUGACUUCCCAUGGAGGAGAGCGCAGAGAGGGUGAGCUCCUUCACUUUCACCUCGUGCACCCAGAUACAAGUUGGAUGUAUGCCGCGUAGAGAUGUGGAUUUUCCGGGGACUCGAUAUUUUUCAUUAGUCCGCCAAAUCUGCGGAGUUCAUCUUGGAUUCAACCGACACAAGACUUUGCCGCCGGUCCUGAGCUGUCCACAUCCACAUCCACAUCCACGGAGCGGAGCGCGCGCUGGCGCAAUUUUUCUUUUUUAAAUGACCCAAAAACUACGCCUCUGCAUUGAGAUGCCAUGGAUGAUUUAAAUGGGUGGCCAUAAUAACUCUUGAAUGUUUUUGAAAGCUGACCAGUCUUUUUUUCUUCUUCUCCCUGUGCUCACACGAAUGGACUCUCACCUGGAUUACAGCGACAUGGCGGAGAUUUUGCUGUGCUUUCCCAACAUGCGACGAUUCAAGACAUUGAACAACGUACGUCUCUGCUUUCAGAGUGAAGCGCUGAGAUUUUUCUUUUUUUGAAUGCUGUUUUCAGCCUAUUGUUGUUGUUUUUUUUGGGGUGGGUUUUUUUUCUAUUUCCAUCUUUUUUCUCAACACUCAGGUGGACAUGUUGGUUUUGAGACGGCGCCGUGCACUGGCGCGGAGAUGCGUUCAAAAGAAAUGAGGAUAAAUGAAAUGAAGCGAAGCACCGCACCUAGCAGCGCGGGGUGGAGCAGCGUCAAUGCAGGCACCAAUGCAAUCACACAGACACGCCUCGAGGAUCAUUAAACAAAUCAGAUAAACGCAGCGCAAAAAAAACCAUCGAUACAAGUUAUUGACGAGGUGGUAUAUAAGUCUAAUGAUUGGCCAUGCUUCUGUUUACUCAACAGCUCGGCAACAAUCUGGUGUGAAACUUUCGCUGAGGGCUUGACAGCUGACAGAGAGGAGACAGGAAUGACUCCUCUUUAAAUAUCACUUCUGCUGCUGCUUUAGACUUUUUUCUUCCUUUUUUAAAAUUUUUUUUUUUUUACUACAGCUCUGAUUGGAAAUUAAAUCGGAGACAACAGUUGGAUUAUUCUCCCUCCUUCUCAUACUAGAAUGUCUGCUGCCUGUACAGCUGCUGCAGGGAUCUAUCAGGCAGGAUUGUUCGCGGGGCAAGUUUCAGAAAAUGUUUUUCUGAGAUUUUUAUAGCAGCUCCUCUGCAAGGAUGGUGGCCGUGACAAGGAGCCUAUGGAUGACCCAGUCUGUGGGAGAGCUGGUGCCGAGACAAUUGACCUCUCCGCCAGCUACGCUGUCCAUCUGAAACCCUUCCCCAGAGAGGCGCAGCUGCUGCAGGCUGGGGAUGUGAUGGGGUGACUGUUUACAACCCCCUCACCCACCCCCCCUCUCACUUUAUUAGCAUUUUAAUAUAAACAAUGGAUCAGAAUUUCUCAACGGUUCGCGAUGGCAAGCAGCUGCUACCAGAGAGAGACUCGUCCAAACGUGUGCUGACAGGAUGCUUCCUCUUCCUCCUCAUCUUCACAACGCUGCUAGGCAACACGCUCGUGUGCGCCGCUGUAACCAAGUUUCGACACCUGCGGUCAAAGGUCACAAACUUCUUUGUCAUCUCGCUGGCCAUCUCCGACCUUCUGGUGGCUAUCUUGGUAAUGCCGUGGAAGGCGGCGACAGAGAUCAUGGGGUUCUGGCCAUUCGGCGCAUUCUGCAAUGUCUGGGUGGCAUUUGACAUCAUGUGCUCCACUGCCUCCAUCUUGAACCUGUGUGUGAUUAGUGUCGACCGGUACUGGGCCAUCUCGAGCCCUUUCCGCUAUGAACGCAAGAUGACCCCUAAAGUGGCGUGUCUGAUGAUCAGCGUGGCAUGGACCCUGUCUGUCCUCAUCUCCUUCAUCCCUGUGCAGCUUAACUGGCACAAAGCUCAGACCACCAGCUACGCAGAGCUAAAUGGAACAUACCCCGGUGAUCUCCCCCCUGACAACUGUGACUCCAGCCUUAACAGGACCUACGCCAUCUCCUCCUCCCUUAUCAGCUUCUACAUCCCUGUGGCUAUCAUGAUCGUCACCUACACCCGGAUCUACCGCAUUGCCCAGAAACAGAUACGGAGAAUAUCUGCCCUGGAGCGGGCAGCAGAGAGUGCCAAAAACCGUCACAGCAGCAUGGGGAACAGUUCGAACAUGGAGAGUGAGAGCUCAUUCAAAAUGUCGUUCAAACGAGAAACCAAAGUCUUAAAGACACUCUCAGUCAUCAUGGGAGUGUUUGUGUGCUGCUGGUUGCCCUUCUUCAUCCUUAACUGCAUGGUUCCGUUCUGUGAGCCGAACUUGCCAGAUGGUGCCACGGACUUCCCCUGUAUCAGCUCCACCACCUUCGAUGUGUUUGUGUGGUUUGGCUGGGCAAACUCCUCGCUCAACCCCAUCAUCUAUGCCUUCAACGCUGACUUCCGCAAGGCCUUCUCCAUCCUCCUGGGUUGCCACCGGCUCUGCCCAGGGAGCAACGCCAUAGAGAUCGUCAGUAUUAACAACAACAUGGGUGCCCCUACCUCAAACCCAAACUGUCAGUAUCAGCCCAAGAGUCACAUCCCAAAGGAGGGCAACCAUUCAGCCAACUAUGUGAUUCCACACAGCAUCCUGUGUCAGGAGGAGGAGUUACAGAAGAAGGAUGGGUGCGGAGGGGAGAUCGAGGCGGGGAUGGUAAACAACGCCCUGGAGAAACUGUCCCCAGCCAUCUCUGGGAAUUUAGACAGCGACACCGUGGUCACACUGGAAAAGAUCAAUCCCAUAACACAGAAUGGACAGCAUAAAACCGUGACGUGUUGAGAAAAUGCAAAGAUAGGUUGGAGUACACUGAGGCAUGUAUGUAUGCGCAAGGGGAAGUUAAAGCGUACAGCAGGAGGGACAGCAAAGAGAAACAAAAGAGAAAGACAUCUCCAAGAACAUGCCUGGGAGGGAAACCGCGAGAGGGAUAUACAGGACGCUAAGACUGUUGACACAAAUCCACAUGGAAAAACCUACAGAAUGUUUUAAAGUAAAAGGCACUUUAUCCUGGAUAUAACUAUCUGCAAAAUACUCUCAGCAUUUAUUGAUGACAUUGACACAUUUGAUGAUAAAUGUUGAAAAUGUGAAUAUUAAAGCAGAGCGUGCACACGUAUACAUUUUUUGAACAGUAUCUACAAAGAUGUAUACAUCUGCAUGUGUAUACUGUACAGUACUGACACUAUCCUGGGAGGACUUAAAUACAGUAUAUACAGUGGAGCAAGAUGUAGUAACCAUUAGAAAAAAAUGUCUUGUAAGUAGGUGCUUUAUAUGUGUUUCAUGGGAGAGAGGGAACAAUGUUGUUAAAUCGGUUUUGGUACGGUAUAAUUAGUUGUUUUUAGGCAGUUCGUUCUUUUCAGUACAUUUCUAUGGAUAAUCUAAUUUGCAAAAUUGACACACCUGUAUUGCAGCUGUUAUUUAUAUUGAAAAAUAUUCAUACACCAAAGUAACAAUGUUCAGAUCCAAACUUAAACAGAUGGAGUGCACACAGUAGAGUUCAAUACCCUGAGCCAAGUUUUAAGAAUAUUUAUUCAUAUUUAAUUUUUACACCUCCUUCCCAUACGAUUUUACGUGAUCUCAAAAAUCCAUAUAAAACCUGUCAUUCCAAAUAAUAGUGUGUGUGUGUGAGAGACACAGAGAGAGAAAGAAAAAGUCACCUCUAUGGUCAACUUUCCUUUGCCUGUAGUCUAUUCCGAUCCAUCCUUGGUCAUCUCCACCUGGCACCUCUGACGGGCUCACCCAAAGUUUUUUUUUUUCCAUUCCUCCUCCUCCUCCUCCUCACCCCCUCACUUCAUUAGCUUUGUCUCCUGCAUCUGCCCCUCUUCAGCAAACCUUCUCCUGAGCCCUCUCCAUUUUCCUGCUCUCCUUUCCUCAGUCAGCAAAAGUCCCCCUGUCCCUUGUGCGGCCCUUAUUUCAGCAUCGUCAACCUCUUCUCUUCCCUCUCCCUCACCGUUUCCUCAGUCAGUAAGGUCCUUAACACCUGCACCACAUCUUCUAUUAUGCCCCCCCCCCGGUGUACUCCCUCCUCUCUAGCUCCUCUGACUGCCUCGAUUUUGAGUCCUUACUCUGCCCACUUAAAGCGGCACUAAUGAUUUAUAUUUGGCAGAUGCCAUCAGUAGAUAAUUAAAAAGAAGAAUGUAAAUCUGUACACUAAAACUUCCGCACUUGGAUAGAAGAGGCAGAGCAACGGCAGCAGCUGUAGAGUUCGCUCAGCUGGAAUCCAGGUGACACUUAGUGACCUUUUGCAAACUUGCAGAUAUUUGAUUUUGUAAAUUGCUCAUGCUGGAAGCCAUGCUGUGCUGUGGUGGUGAUGUGGCCCAUGCAGUGUGACAGUCGCUCCGUUUGCAAGGGUGGAGUCCAGGACACAGCAUCGUGAUGAGGAUUACCCUUCAAGAUAUUGGACAUAUUUUCAUUGAUUCUCCCCACCCAGAGAUUUGUCUUUGCACAGAUGCAUUUCAAAUAAUAAGGCACUAACUUAAACGACCGCAAUGUACAGUGAGUGUUGCCGUUAGAAUAAAAACUCUUUCAAAGGGCAGUUUUGAGUAAGUUCUUAUGAAAUCCGCCUGCCACAAAACGGCAAUACAGUUUUGAACAGUGCUCAAAAAGUUAUUUUCAAAUUGUCAACGUUUGCACCUGGUUGCAUUGAUCAUAUGUUGUACGUUCAAAGUCGAGUUUGAGUCCAAACUUAGACAAACUAGCAUUUGCUGAACACUGGCCUCUGUGGACACAGCUGAAGAUUACACUAGAAUGGUCAAUGCUAAAACAGUGCACGGGCAGAAAUGAAAUCAUCAAGUUGGCUAACUGGUGCUGUACUGUUUGUUAUACAGCCAAAUGUAUCUGCAGUUUGCCAACAAUAGCUAAAAAUAUCCAACAUAAGCUACUGUCCGUAACGAACCAAAAAACAACAACAACAGAAGUAUACAAAUGUGUAUUUCGAUGCCUAUCAAUUUAACUUUUACUUUGUAAGACAGCAAAUCUGUUAUUCAUUCUUUCUGUAGUUUUAUUGUAUGUUCACGCUUUCAAAGCUUUUAAGUUUCAUGUGUUUGUGGCCAUUAUAUUCAAAUUCAAAGAAGAAAGGGAGUAAAAAUGUAUUUUUUUCCCAAAAUGGCCCUCCAUGAUCUCUACCUGAUUAAUUUGAAAAAGAAUUUACAAUGUCAAAGAUUAUUGUUUUGUGUUUUUUUUAUAGGUUGAAUGAAAUUAAUUGGUAGUUGAAAUAAAUGCAAAGUCUAUGCGUGGCAGAGCUGGAGACAAUUAGCUUUUGUAGUUGACGUCUGUACAGCGAAGUCUGUCCAGCGAGUCUCUUUGCUCGGCGACAUUCUUUAUGCCAUUGUUUACUGGGCGUCCACCGUGUGCUAUGUGUGUCCAUGAAGGCGUGACACUGUUUGCUCGUCAGGGAAAGGAAGAACUGAUCCAAUAGAAAGCAAUUGGUCUUGAACGAGGCAUUUGAUUUUCCUGCUGUGGAAAAUCCAAUGCUAUCUAGAU